AUGCCACAAGCUCCUUACACAGUGACCAACAGCUUCAAAGGGGGAUUGCAGAUGCGAACUUAUUCAAGAAAUGUCCGACGGACUUGGGACGGUGAUGACUUUCGGCUUACCAAACGACAGCGCGUUGAAGCCAACAAAAUAACCAACGAGAAUGACGAUACCCUGGAGCGUGCAAUCCGUGCAACUUCAGUCGCUGUUUCUUCCAGUGCAUCACGCAAAAACUCGACUGUCUUCUCCCAUGAAUCGUAUGAUGACGAAGCUACCGUCACGCCACCCUCGUCACCGCCUCCUCGCCUCUCGCCACCAGCCGUCAAGGCGCGCAAACCGACCUUCUCGUUCUUGAAGCGCAAGCAUGAUGCGAUGCGCGAGAAGUCAGAACCGCUGGGCGAAGUUAUCAAUUCGAGUAAUCGCAGUUCCAUCCCACCCAAGAAGCAACAAACACUGCAUCAGAUGCAGCUCGAUCUGGGAGGCCCGUCACGUAAGACGUGUCCUGAAUGUGGCAUGGAGUACGUGUUGGCAAACGAAGAGGACGUGACUUUACAUCGAAUGUUCCACAAUAUGAACAGUGAGGGCGUGGAACUUGGCAAGACUUUCAUGAAAUCGGCUAUGAAAUGGGUUUAUGAAGUGUCUCACAUUGAAGGCUCUGUGGUAGUGGUAGAUCGGAAGAUAUCGCCACCUGCCCGCAAGGUAGUUCAGAAAGUGCUGGGUACAGUCAACAAGGAACUUUCGGCGGUUGAUAUUGACGACGCGGUGUUGUGGAGCCAAAGAAUACUGAAUGAUAAAGAGUCUGGAUCUGAGAUCAAGCAGUCGGAUUCUGAGAAGCGCAAUGACCACAAGAGUGAUCGUUACAAGGUCUUCCUCCAUGUCAAGGAUGGCAGAUGCGUUGGGCUCUGUCUGGCCGAACGAAUAACCAAAGCACACCGCGUGAAGAGAGAAAAGAAGGAGAAGGACACAGGACAAACACCCAAAGAAGUCAGAAGUUCAUCCAUAUCGAUUGAAAAAAAGACGGUGCAAGCAGUGGUAGGCGUAUCAAGGAUAUGGACAUCAAAGUCUUUUAGACGAAAAGGCAUCGCCAACAAUCUGUUGGAGUGUGUGAUGAGCCAUUUCAUAUAUGGGCUGGAAAUAGAGAAAGACGAGCUAGCCUUCAGUCAGCCCACCGAGAGUGGAGCUCAAUUAGCACGGGCAUGGUAUGGCGAAGAAAGUGGAUGGCUUGUCUACAAUGAGACUUGA